AUGGCAACUGCUUCUUUCGCCACCAUGGAAGCAGAUAUGGAUCGAGAUGAUAUUUCAAUAAUAUCAUCAACGUCAACAAGAACCACAACAUCCAUAGCAUUAUCAGUCCCACCACAACCAUUAUCGUCAUCGUCACUACCACCAAACGCGUCUUCUGCUACAGUAAAAAAAAUCACUGAGUAUUUAGAACUGGAAUGCAACGACAAGAGAGAAGAAAUUAUUUCAGAUUUAUUGAUAAAUGGUCGUCAAACACUUUACAAAUAUCAAGGAGAUUUAAUUCCUGAAGUUUUGCAGCAGGAAGAUGAUUAUCUAGCACAAAAUAAUAGUCCAUUAUUAAAACUACUUAAACAACACGCCAUUGAAACAUGGGAAACAUUGUUAUCAAAACAACCAAUAAUUAUGUCAUUUAUUAAUGAUGUAAAAAAUCAAAAUCCCGAACAUUUCGAUAAUGUACUGACACGGAUAUCAGAAUAUGGUACAACGUACACAAGAUCAUCAUCCAUUUUAUCUGUUGUAGUACAAUUGUUAUCCGAAAGUAUUGAUGAUGAAUGUUUGAUGAAAACAAAUGAUUUUAAUGAAUUAUGGAAUACAAUUACCAUUAAGGGUGUUAAAAGUAUGAUUAGAUUUGCUCAGCAUAUUCCUGAAGAAGAAUUAGAAGCACAAAUUAAUAAUAAAACGUCACCAUUAUAUUUAUCAUUACGAAUGUACUAUGACGAUGAAAUAAAAAAGCUAUUUAGUAAAUGCAAAAUUCCCAAUAGACAGAAUACAUUAUACGAUUUAGCAAUUGAUGCCAUUACAGAAAAAGGUUGGAUAGAAGGUAUUGAAUCGAUUAGAAAGAAAGUAACUGGAACACAUUACAAUAUGGUAUAUAAAGAAAUCUUGAAAAUAUUAGAACAUGCUUCAGACUUCGAAAACCGUCAGUCAUCAAAUAUUGAAAAUUCAGAUAAGCAAAAAUCGUGUGACGUCGGUGAUGUCUCCGUACCAAGCACAAUAACUUCCUCAACUAUUCAGUUGUCAGAGGCAACAAUUAUAGGUGAUCCUUCGACCUUACCAAAUACAAUCUCAUCUUCAAUGACGGCACCUGCUGCUACUCCUGGAAAUGCUUCUUCAACUACGACGACCACAGUACUUCCGGAAUUAGAUAUCAAACGUAACCGCGAGAUUGAAAUCAUUCUAAAUUGUAUUACCCCAAAUCGCUAUCAAUUAAAACAUCUCAUGGAAGCUGGUGAAUUAAAAUAUAUUGAUAAAAUUUUAAGUGAAAUAACGCACGAUAUCAUUAAUCAGUUUUACAAGAAGCAAACAACUUUUCCACAAUUUAUUGACGAAUGUUUAACUCCAGUAAUGUUUCUACUGAAGAGACAACAAAAUUUAGAUGAUUUUAUGUCAACGUUCUCGUUUAUUUACGAAAAAAUGAAAUGUGGAAUAACCUUAUCAUCUGAAGAACAAAUAUCCAGUUUAAGUUUACGUGCUUUUUUACAUAUACUAUUGAUGAAUAGCGAUACGUUCUUACGCCGCAUUAUCAUCUCCUUAAUUAGUAAACGUAAUCCAGUUCCAUUCGUUGAACCAAAUGUUGAAAAUUGGAAUGGUCAUGUUAAACAUGAGUUUAUGCCAGCAAUCGUACACGUUUGGAACUAUACACGUCCUACGAUUUUGUCUUUUGGAAUAGGUCCGUCACGAGGUAAAUCAUCAUUAUUAAAUGUCUUAUUUCAAUGUACAUUUGAACAAAAUGUUGAUAGUGCUUAUUUCGAUCAAGCAAUUGAUAUUGAUUUUGGCUAUUCAUUUAUACCUGAACGACCAUUAAAUAUAGCAGAUUGUCAUGGUCAAAUAUCGAAGAAUUUAUUGAAAAAAGUUUGUUCACUCUUCGAUGGAUUUUUUGUACAUAUUAAUCAAACUUAUUUUGAACAACAUCCAAAACUUGUAGCAGAAAUUCUAGAAAUCUUGCCACAUUACAAAUUUCAGUUAAUUUUUAUACGUGAUGUAACUACAAACUUCAAUAAACAGCAAUGUCAAAUGUCAAUUGAAUCGUUGAUGGAAGAGACUUCACCGUCAUACAAGGCACAAAUAUAUCCAUUGGUAAAUAUGUCAGAUACAAAUAAUCGUGAAAUACAGUUUAAAAUAAAAGGUUUACGUGAAUAUUUGCUUAAAGCUGUACAAGCUAACGUAGAUACCAUUAUUGACAAAGAACAGCUCUUACCUAAUUUAUAUAAGUUGCUAACGCCGGAAUAUGUGAGAUAUCUAAAACAAACGAAUCAAAUAGUUAAACCAUUAAAACAGCGUUUGUUAGAAAAAGACUUAGAUUCUCAAAAUCAAAAUAAUUUUCCAUUAUAUUUAACAUUCGUUGAAUUAUGUAAAUUACGACAACAACUGAAACGCAACGAUUUCUAUGGUGUUGAUAGUGAACGUCCAUUUAAUAUCAAUGUUGAGAUAUUUAAAUUACAAAGUGAAUUAACUCCCGAUGGAAAACAAAAUCGUGAUUGUGGCUCUGUAUUUAAAAUCUUUAUUGAAUUACUAAGAACAGAAAAUAUGUUGAUGACACUCAACAUUUUAGCAUCUGAAUUGAAACAAGAACUGCUAAAUCAAGGUCCCGAUAAACUUGCUGGAACAUUAUCGGUUGAAGAUGCCUUUCUUUCGCUAGAAGUUCUAUGGCGAAAUUGUAUAAUAUCUUAUGAUCAUACAUCAUGUGAUAAUCAACAGCUUAUUUUAAAUUCCUAUACCGAAUUCAUUAAAAAUGGUUUUCCGUUUGAAAUAAUUGACGGUGAUAAUUUUCACUGUCAACAUACAUUUUUAACUAAUAUAAUGAAACAGUUCGAAAGACAACGUAUUUUAGUUAUUAGUAUUAUUGGCCCACAAAAUAGUGGUAAAAGUACUUUGCUGAACUACAUGUUUGGAACACUGUUUGAUGUACGAGAAGGUCGUUGUACUCGUGGUAUCUAUGGAUCAUUGGUUAAAUCAAAUAUCAGUGGAAUUGAUUAUUUGCUUCUCAUUGACACUGAAGGGCUUUUAUCAAUUGAAAAAGCGGAUAAAGAAUAUGAUCGACGUUUAGUUCUGUUCUGUUUAGCUGUUUCACAUUUAGUGGUAGUCAAUAUGUUAGGGGACAUUAAUGAAGUGCUCAAAGAUAUGUUAACACUUUGUGCUGAUUCAUUAAAACAGUUGAAUGUAAAUAGGAUUCCACAGCCAAUAAUACAUUUUAUUCUCAAUCAAAAAGCUGAUCCAAAUAUGAAAAAUCAUAUUGAGGCAAUUAACAAAAUUAUUUCCGAUUUGAAAGAUAAAGAAUUAGGUGAAGUAAUUAAUAUUAGUACGGAAACAUUUCAUACAUUACCGUCAGCAUUCAAAAAGGAACGAAUAUCAAAUGAUUCAAAUAGUCCAUGUUUUCUUCGUACGGAACCAGAUUUUAUUGAACAGACGCAAAAAUUAGUUAGCAAAGUUACAAAUUCGGCCAAAUCUGUCUAUGAUCGUGCUGGUGAUUCCAACUUUAAUUUACCACAAUGGCUUGCAACUUCUGUCACCAUAUUUGAUACCCUUCAAAAAUUCCCAGAUCUAACAUAUUUCAAAGAUCUCAACGAAAGACGUCAAGAUAAUAAGAUACGUUUUCAGAUUGGUGAAAUGAUGUCACAGAAGUUAUCAGCAAUCAAGCGACAAGAAAUGAUAAAUCAAAGUUGUGAUAAAAAUGAGCAGGCUAUACGUAGCAUAUUUGAAGCCGAAUUUCAGUCACAUCAGGAUAUAUUUCUAGAGCGUUUGGAAAAUAUUUUUAUUUUAGAAAACGCUUCUGAUCGUAUAAGAAGUCGUAGUCGACAGUUUUUGGAACGGCAGAUUACAGAAACCAUGCGUGCCUGGAUCACAUCUACAAUUGAAGCAAAUGACCGAAAACAAAUGGAACUACUUGUUCGUGAUGGUGCAGUUGAUUUAAGAAAAUUGAUUGAUACAAUAAUAAACAGUGGACGAACAAUGACGAAAGAUGAAGCAAUAACUGAAUUUGAAGAAAUGUGGAAAAGAAAAUUAGCAUAUAUUAAAAAUAACUUCAAUCCAGAAGAACGAUUGAAACAAGCAAUUAAAUUUGUUUAUAGCAAUUAUAAUAUUUUCGAAAAGGAUAUGUUACCAUCGCAUGAUAACAUUAUAGGUUUUAUGUCCCACAUUAAACAAUGGAUAAAAGUAAAACCUAUGGAAGAGUUAGUUAACCAGCUGCAUCUGAUGUUUCUCGACACAGUUAAUACACAAAAACAGAAUGCAGUACUACGACUCACAACAAAACCUACGUCUCUCACAAUUCCCACAAUUCAAAAUUUUACGCAUCUUAGUAAACAAUUAUUAUUGGAUCAUCUUUAUGGCUCUCAAUUAGCAACUUCACACGAAGAUACUUCUGCCGCAAUUUCAACCGAUAAGCCUGAUAGUAAACAUGGAUUUCUACAGAAGGCAAUACAAUUUGUGGUAGGUGAAGGGAAAUCGAAAUCAAAAGAGACUAGAUCAACAGCUAUGCCACCGCCGAAGCCGUUAGCAGACCAGAUUAAGACCGAAUUUCGGGGUAAAAUCUUAUGGGAACUAUCAUAUCCGAUAAAUCCAUCAAAUAUCUUGAAUAUACCGAAAAUUUUUGAGAGCAUAAUGAAGAAAAUAGUAGAAAUUGUUACAGGAAGUAGUAAUGGUCAAAGUCAACAAGGGGAGAAUUCCGCCACAAACAGUGGAACUGGUCAACGUCCGAUUGAGAUUGACAUUAUACAAAUAAUCGUAGGCCUAAUUAAAGCAUUAAUACAUGAUUAUAAUCUUGAAUUAGUUAAUUUCGAUAUAUCGCUGUCAAGAAAUCUAAUAGAAGCAAUACAUUCACUUGUGUUGGUGUUUUUAACAAUUUUAUAUUAUGGUGAACAAGAACAUCAUUUCGAUCAACAACUUGAAACAUUAGAUAAACAGAAGCCGUCAUUGUUAAAUUACUUUAUUAGUAUGGUUGUACCGGAUGCCUCAUGUGACAAAGAAGGCGGUGAAAUAUUUGUUGAUCAAAUUCUCACCCGUAUUGAACGUGUAUUAACAGAUAAAGCACAUAUGAUUAUUGGAAAUCAUGUUCAGUCACAAAAAAAAUUAAAUAGAAAAGAAUUGCAAGUGAUAUGUGAUGGAAAAUUACAAUCGGCUAAUAUGCAUUGGAUGUUAAAAUAUAUUGAAGAGCCAACUGACUUCAUUGUUGAAGAAUUUCAACUACGCUGGAAUGAUGUUGAAAAAUUAAUCGAACAAGAAAUACAAACUGAAAAAAAUCAACAGAAGUUAAUAAUUUUGAAUUUCUUUCAGGUAAUUAAAACAAUGUCUGGUGCAUUGAUGGGCGAAGGCAGUGCGGCACAAUUUAUUGAUGAAUUAUUCACAUCAUCCGGUGGUACAGCGGCUGAAAAUUUAAAAAAUAAAGGUCAAUGUAUGGUAUUAUUAUUAUAUACAUAUUUAAAAAAUGAAUCAAUCCAAUCCAAUAAGUCAUUUACAGUAUUCGAUCAAACUUAUACUAUAACUAUGAAAGGUGUGAAUUAUUUUCAAAAAUUACCGAAACCUGAUACAGCAUUAACUAAGCUAACUGAUUUAAUGAGUAAAUCAACCUCCACAGUUGCCUACAUCACCACUACUACAACAACUACACAAAAUCAAAUGCCCGUGACAUCAAUUAAAAAUUUUGAAUCAUUUUUGAAAAGUAUAUUAGCAGUAGAAGAUAAAUUAGUUAAAAAAUAUGAUGAUAUAUCAACUUCGUUUAAACAUUAUGAUAAAGAUAAAUCUUAUAUGAAAUUGUUGGACAAAGCACGCGGAUGUACUGCAAAAUGUCCAUGCUGUCUACGUCCCUGUGAUGCUGAUCAUAGUUCAGAAAAAUUAAGCACUUCAGGUGAUGAUGAUAAUAAACACAGUUGCAGUACUGGUCACCAGCUACGUGCAUUCUCGGGUAUUAAAAUAGAAGUUUUAAAUGAAGCAAGUCUAUAUCAAUGUACUGAAAUUAAUAAUCAUGAUCAUAUAGUAGUCAAAGGUGUCAGAAAAACAUGGAAUGAAAUGAAAUUAGAUUAUAAACAAUGGGAUUUUGAUGUUACAAAUACCCUUGAAGAAUUGACAAGUUUAAAAAGUAAAUUCCUAUUUGUAUGGCAAAAAGUAGGCCAUAAAUUUUGUGAAAGAUUUGACAUGAAAUAUGUUACACAUAAUACACAACGACCUGAAGCUGAAUCCUAUCAUUAUAUAUUACUAUUAGAUAAUUCAGCUUCUAUGGCUGGUGAUAGAUGGAAAAAUUUAGUUGCCGGUGUUAAUGUAUUAAUUAAAGCCCGAAUGUUAAAUGGUACAAAUGAUCGUGUGACAAUUAUUACAUUUGAUCAUCGGGCUACAUUUUUUUGUGCUAAUCAAACAAUGAAAGAUAUUGAUAUAACAAAAAUUGUAUUUACGGGAGGUGCGACUAAUUUUAGUCCAGCAUUUCAGUUAGUAAUUGAUACAUUACAAAGUGCGGCCAGACAAAAUACUUCUGGUGCUGCUACUGACGCUGAUGCUGCUACUGACGCUGAUGCUGCUACUGACGCUGAUGCUGCUACAGCAACAACACCAAAUUUGAAGCAUAUUAUUGUAUUGAUGAGUGAUGGUGAAGCACCUUAUCCAAGUACUGAACUUAAUCGUUUAGUAAAAUUGAACGAACAAAUAAAAGAAUUUUGGACAGUAGCAUUAGGUGAAGUUGAAAUGCCACUGUUAGAACAAAUAACUACAAAAAUGGAUGGUUUUUAUAAACAAUUAAAAAAUUCUAAUGAAUUAAUUCAAGUUUAUGCAGAAAUUGCUCAAGGUUGA